AUGUUGUGUCCCAAGAGCACUGAAAAAUUACGUGACCCGCAAACGACAUUCUACAACACGCAGAGGCGCAAACGUCGAGAAAAAAUAAUUCCAGUGCAUGUGAAACUUUGUCUGAGCGAAAGGCAUCAUAGAGCCGAGCCAGUUUCGCCCCCUCCAGCCUCGUUUUCUGCACUUCCUGCUGUCUGUGCCGAUUCCUUCGGCAAAAGCGACGUUGACGUGGCGGAAGGAAAUUGCAAGGGGCUCCAUGCUUUAGCCGAAGUCGUGACUGAAAUUUUUGAUCGACCCUCGCGAACCCGAUACGAAAACCGGCAUAACGAGCAAGAGAAGCUUGAGGAUUGUGUAAACGCAGCACGGGCGAAAGGAGGCGUUGGGGUUUUUGCCGUAUAUGAAGCGAAAGGCAUCAUAGAGCCGAGCCAGUUUCGCCCCCUCCAGCCUCGUUUUCUGCACUUCCUGCUGUCUGUGCCGAUUCCUUCGGCAAAAGCGACGUUGACGUGGCGGAAGGAAAUUGCAAGGGGCUCCAUGCUUUAG